ACUCACGAGUGGACGUGUCGAGGUACUGGGCUCUACAAAAGGAGGAUCUUUCAUGAGGUGGGAGAGGGUGAGUGAGUGGGAGUGAGGCAAAGACACUUGUUUGAGGCCGUUCACCUUUCACAGCUUCCGUUUCCAUACUCUCCUGAGUCAUUCAGCAGAGCUACAUUAUCUUGCAGUUGCAGAAGGCUUCUUGAUCCGCAUUCACGAUAUCAUCCAUGGCAACCUUCACUGGAUCCUCCUUUUUAAUAUCCAGAAGCCCCUGCUUGAGGCAACAAGGAAGCCAGAAAACAGAGGCCAAAGCAAAUUCAUGUCUUGUUGGUGCUUACAACCAGGCUGUGACCCAUGAUGGGUUGAGAUCUCUGAACGUGCUUAAGGUUCGAACCCAUGCAAUCAAAGCUAAUGCAAGAAUGAACAAAGAUGAGUCUGGCAAGGAUCAAGAACAGCCUGUUGGGAAAAUUUUGUGUGGCCAUGGGAUGAAUUUGGUGUUCGUGGCAGCUGAGGUUGGACCCUGGAGCAAAACCGGUGGUCUUGGUGAUGUUGUUGGGGGACUUCCACCAGCUUUGGCCGCAAAAGGACACCGUGUUAUGACUGUGUCACCCCGUUAUGACCAGUACAAAGACGCAUGGGACACGAGUGUCUUAGUUGAGAUCAAGGUUGGAGAUAAAUACGAAACUGUCCGAUUUUUCCACUGCUACAAGCGAGGUGUGGACCGUGUUUUCGUUGAUCAUCCUAUGUUCUUGGAGAAGGUCUGGGGCAAAACCGGGUCCAAGCUCUAUGGUCCCAGGACUGGACUGGAUUACAAGGAUAACCAGCUGAGAUUUAGCUUGUUGUGCCAGGCUGCACUUGAGGCACCUAGGGUUCUGAACUUAAACAGCAGUAAAUACUUCUCAGGACCAUAUGGGGAAGAUGUAGUCUUUGUUGCUAACGAUUGGCACAGUGCUCUUCUUCCAUGCUACUUGAAAUCAAUGUACAAAUCAAGGGGGAUUUACCAAAAUGCAAAGGUUGUCUUCUGUAUUCACAACAUAGCUUACCAGGGCAGACACGCAUUUGCCGACUUUGCUCUUCUCAAUUUACCCAAUGAAUUCAAGAGCUCCUUUGACUUUAUUGAUGGAUACGAUAAGCCUGCGAAGGGAAGGAAAAUUAACUGGAUGAAAGCUGGAAUACUAGAGUCAGACCGAGUCUUGACUGUAAGCCCAUACUAUGCUCAGGAGCUUAUCUCAGGAGUAGAACGGGGUGUGGAGUUGGACAACAUUAUUCGUAAAACUGGCAUUACUGGUAUUGUUAAUGGCAUGGAUAUUCAAGAAUGGAACCCAGGAACUGACAAGUACACUGGCUUGAAAUACGAUGCAACAACUGUCAUGGAAGCAAAAGCUCUGUUGAAGGAAGCCCUUCAAGCAGAAGUUGGCUUGCCCGUUGAUAGGAACAUCCCUUUGAUAGGGUUCAUUGGUAGGCUAGAAGAGCAGAAAGGUUCAGACAUUCUAUCAGCUGCCAUCCCCAAGUUCAUCAAUCAGAAUGUUCAGAUCGUAGUUCUUGGAACUGGGAAGAGGCCCAUGGAGGCAGAACUUGAGCAACUAGAGGUGAAGUAUCCGGACAAGGCUAUAGGAGUGGCAAAAUUCAACGCUCUGGCUCACAAGAUUAUUGCUGGAGCUGAUUUCAUUAUUAUCCCAAGUAGAUUUGAGCCAUGUGGUCUCAUUCAGUUGCACUCUAUGCCAUAUGGAACGGUGCCCAUUGUUUCCUCAACUGGUGGACUUGUUGACACUGUAAAAGAAGGGCACACUGGAUUCCACAUGGGACUAUUCCACGUAGAAUGUGAUACCGUCGAUCCAGCUGACGUGGACAAGGUAGCAUCUACAGUCACAAGAGCCCUCAAGGCCUACGGUACACCUGUCAUGAAGGAGAUGAUCCAGAACUGCAUGGCCCAGGACUUUUCAUGGAAGGAACCAGCCAAGCAAUGGGAGAAGCUGCUACUGAGCAUGGAGGUAGCUGGCAGCGAACCUGGAAUUGAUGGCGCGGAGAUUGCUCCACUUGCUAAGGAAAACGUUGCCACUCCUUGAACUGCAUCGUCCCCCCCCCCCCCCGGGCCCUUUACCAUUUUGACUUGUAAGUAAUAUAGCCAUAAUUAGCCAUCCAUAAUUCACCACCGCCGAGUUCUUAGGUUGGUGAACCAGUAAGGGGUUUUCUUUUCUUUUCUUUUCUUUUUUCUUUUUUUUUUGGCCUUAGCAAAGGAUAAAGCUAUUACUAGCUGUCGUGUGCUUUCUUGGAGCUGUAAGGUCUUUUGGAAGUGAAUUAAGAACUGGUACGUUUUGCAGAGUUGCUCUAUUUUUAAGAUA